AUGGAUGGUAUUGGGAUUCUCUUUGAGAGUGUCUGCCACAAUUUAACAUGUGACAGUGCUGCGAAUAGUGAUGAUUAUGAGUCUGUGAACAUCACAUCACAAAGUGGCAUGAGUAAUAUGACAUCGGGUGAGGCGAAGGAGAUGGUGCUGGAUCAGCUGAGGAAGGAGAUUAAUGGACAAACCCUCAGGGUUGUCACCCUCAAUGACUACCCACUGAGCUUUGUGGAUACGGUCAAUGAUACCGCCAUUGGAGCUGGGGUAUCAUUUGAUCUUCUUGAAUUCUUAACGGAAAAAUUUAACUUUACCUACGAAGUUGUUGUACCGGAAAAUAACAUUGUUGGAUCGACGCAGGAUUUCGACGGAAGUCUUAUUGAGCUUCUUGAAAAUGGGAAAGCGGACUUUGCAGCAGCAUUUUUGCCCAUUUUGACAGAUGCACGCGAACGUAUCUACUACUCAAAGACAACCCUGGAUGAAGGGGAAUGGAUUAUGAUAAUGACCCGACCAGCUGAAUCGGCAACAGGUUCAGGUCUUUGGGCACCCUUUGACCUCAAUGUGUGGAUUCUUAUUCUCCUUUCACUAAUAUGCGUUGGACCUAUUAUCUACCUCCUCAUAAUAAUCAGAAUGAAAUUAACAAAGGACCGAGAUCAGCACAUCUACUCACUACCUCAUUGCAUUUGGUUUGUCUAUGGAGCACUCAUGAAGCAAGGGAGUACUCUCUCACCCGUAGGCGACUCUACGAGACUUCUCUUUGCAACUUGGUGGAUCUUCAUAACCAUACUCACAUCCUUCUACACCGCAAACCUCACAGCAUUCCUCACGCUAUCCAAAUUCACUUUGCCCAUCAACAAUGUGGGAGACAUUCUCAGAAAGCAGAAGACUUUUGUCGCAAAUCGUGGGGGUGCUGUGGAGUAUGCAAUCAAGAAUAAAGACGAAGCUCUAACACAACUAAGUCGAAUGGUUGAGAAGAAUUUGGUGAAAUUUUCCAUGUCGUCCAAUGACACAGACAUCCUCCUUCAGGAUGUUGAAAAGAGAAAUUACUUGUAUGUCCGAGAUCGUCCAGCUAUAAAUCAUCUUAUCUACCGAGAUUACGUAUAUCGGAAGACAAUAAGUUUGACGGAUGAGAAAAUUCAGUGCCCUUUUGCUGUGGCCAAGGCACCCUUUAUGACGCGCAAGAGGGCAUUUGCAUAUCCCAAAAAUUCAUCACUUCACCUCCUCUUCGAUCCAGUCCUCUUGCAUUUGGUCGAAUCGGGGAUUGUGAAAUACAAACUUUGGCAGGGAUUGCCAAAUGCCGAAAUUUGUCCAUCUAAUCUUGUGAGUACCGAACGACAGCUGAGGAAUGGUGAUCUAAUGAUGACGUACUACAUCAUGAUUGCUGGAUUUUGCACCUCAACUGUGGUAUUUGUCAGUGAGCUCUUCUUCAGAUUCCUCAAUACACGAGGUAUUUGCAUACCGAAGGGUGAACGGGGACAUCUCCGGGGGAAAUCGAACACACAUAAGGAGAAUUUCACUGCUGACAGCAUGACACCACCACCACCCUAUACCACCCUCUUUCAUCGUAGCCGAAACAUUCUUGGGGGCAUUACGGAGCAAAAUGUAUUCGCUAUGCGAGAGACAAACACCCUCCAGAGAAAGAAUAUCAAUGGACGUGAAUAUGUGGUGGUUCAGGGAAGUGAUGGUGUGUCGCGAUUAAUUCCUCUGCGAGUUCCUUCAGCAGCACUCUUUCAGUAUUCAUACACCCAGUGA